AUGAACGCACGCGGUCCCGGCGUGGCUGCCCCGCUGUCGGGCAGUCGGCCAUCCAGCACCGAAAAUGCGAAGUCACGUUCAUGGUCCCGUCAUAACCAUGCGGCCAAGGCAGAUAUUCUCGACUCUGGGCGUUUUUCGGCCAGCAGCCCAGCUGGUGGGCCGGGGAAACAAACACGAUGCCUUCACAGCUCCAAAUUGACCGUGCCCCGACCUGUACCGCCUCCGAUUCCCAUCGUUCCCGAUCCCGAGUCGUUCCUCCGCAUCAUCGGUCGUAAUUUGAGCCAAUACUCGGACAAAUUCCCCACCUGGGAAGCGCUCUUCACCCUCACAUCACCUGAGCUUAAAGAAAUCGGAGUCGAACCUGCCCGGAGCCGCAGAUAUCUCCUUCAAUGGCUCAGGAGAUACCGCGAGGGCAAAUUUGGCCCCGGCGGCGAUUUCCAGCAUGUUCAGGACGGCAAGGCAAUUCUCAGUGUUCUCCACGACUUGAAGACGGACAAGAAAAAGGUCGUCAACGUUCCAGCAGGCGGCGAUGCCCCGGGCGCGAAUAAGAUAUCUGGCCCCUAUGCCACACCUAUCGGCAAUGGCAAGUCGCAAGUGACAGUAACUGAGGGCAUGUGGGAGUUCCGACAGGGCCAGAAGGUGGACGGCGGAGAGAGAAGAAAGGCAGAGGUUCGUUUCAAGAGGCGGGUGGCCGAGCGCAAGGCGGCUCGUGAGGAACAAGGCCACUGA